UGGGGAUUUCAUGGCGAGAAGGACAAAGAGGUAAAGCAGGAGCAUCGGAGGCCUGAUCCGGAUCCCCUUUCGUUGGAGUGGAGUAGCAAGAGCAGUUCCCCUGAUGUUUGAUUCUGCAAGCCAACAUCAAGGAGCUCAGCUCCUGAUCUCCUUUGAGGACGUGGCCAUGUAUUUCAGUGAAGAGGAGUGGGACCUUCUGGAUCCAGGACAGAGGACUCUCUACAAGGAGGUUAUGAUGGAGAAUUAUGAUACCUUGGCUUCUCUGGAAGAAUUCCCCGAACCAGACCUCAUUUCUUGGUUGGAAGAAGGAAGAGAUCCCUUCAUCUUGGGUUCUGAGAGGGAAGAUAAGAGAUCAAGAGAUUAUCGCCACAACCAUCAGAAUGAUAGGGAGCCACUGUCUAAGUUAGCAGAAGAAGCAAGACUUGGAACCGAAAAAGAGAAACCGAGAAAACGAAGAGUACCAGGGAAGUGUGCUGUCUGUGGGAAAGUGAUAGCAAAUAAAAACGAACUAAAUAGACAUAGCCUAGUACACACAAGGGAGAAACGACAUAAAUGCAUGAAAUGUGGGAAAAGCUUCAGUAGGAAGGAUGUUCUAGGUGUCCAUGAAAGAAUCCAUGCGGAAGAAGAAACUUAUAAAUGCACUCAUUGUGGAAAGAGGUUUGCUGCCUACAGUCAUUUUUUAGAGCACCGAAGAGGCCUCACAGACGAAACACCAUACAAAUGUGUGGGAUGCGGAAAGGGCUUCUGUGUUCUCAGUAGGCUUACUAUACAUGAAAGAGUUCACACGGGGGAGAGACCAUAUCCAUGCAUGCAGUGUAGAAAGAGGUUCAGUAGGAAAGAUUCUCUUCAGUUGCAUGAAAGAAUUCACACACAGGAGAAACGGUUUAAAUGCACAGAAUGUGGAAAGGGCUUCAAUCGGAAUGGAGAAUUUACUAUGCAUCAAAGAAUUCACAAAGAGGAGAAGCCAUAUUAGUGCAUGGAAUGUGGAAAGGGCUUCAAUCAGAGCGCAGCAACCAUACAAAUCUAUGGAAUGUGGGAAGAUCUUCAUUCUGAGUGGAAGUCUAUGUUUACAUCUAAGAACGCACACAGGGGAGAAACCAUAUCAGUGCAUCAUAUGUGGGAGGCACUUUGGUACGAAGGGUCAUCUUAAUCAACAUCAUAGGACCCAUAUAUCGGGGAAACCCUAUAGAUGCAGCGACUGUGGAAAGCGCUGCCGUAAUGUGAGAUCCCUGACUAAAUACCAGAAAACUCACACAAAGUGACAUUAAUGUUUCUAUAUGGAAUCAUUGCUGGAUUACUACAUGGGUUGUGGAAAGAAGUUCCCUCUGAAGACAGAAAUGUUUCAUUACAAUUAGUUUAAUCUGAGAAUAGGAGAUUUUCAUAGCCAGAUGACUAUCUUGGCUUGGAAAUACUGGAACCAUUAGAGAAGUGCAGCUUUGUUUUUGUUUUUUGACUGAGAAACAGAUUUUGUCGUUUUCUAUAUUGUUAAAACUUAUUUUCCUUUUCCAAAUAAAAUAAAUGGCAUUG